UCGUUCAAACCACGAACUCACGAAUCUCAGCUGUCACAACAAACGGGGCACUCACGCGAGGGUUUGUUUUGAUUUUCCGCGACGAGAGAAAAAAAAUCUGGUAAAAGGAAAAUUGUUCUGUGCGAAACUUAUCACUAGAAAAGUAAAAUAAUGUGCGCCCAGAGGCAGAGUGAGGACGUGAUUGCGCUAAACUUUCACGAAUCGUGCCUGCGCCUAUCGGAUGUGGAGCUGCUGAAGGGCCCGCACUGGCUGAACGAUCAGAUAAUAUCGUUCUACUUCGAGUACCUGGAAAAGCGCGUGUUCGAGAGCGAACCGGACCUGCUGUUCGUCAGCCCGGAAGUGACGCAGUGCAUCCGUAUGGUCUCCCGGGAGGAGGUGGGCAUCUUUCUCGAUCCCCUGCGUGCCACCGAGCGUUCGUUCGUGUUCUUUGCCCUCAACGAUAACCAAUCCGCCGAUCAGGCCGGUGGCACACACUGGAGUCUGCUGGUGUUUUCCCGGCCCGAGAAAGCGUUCUAUCAUUUCGAUUCCUCGCACAACGCGAACGUCGAUUCUGCGCGCCAACUGGUGGCGGUACUGGCACGGCCACUACGCUGUCCGGAUGCCCAGAUACGUACCGGCGAUUGCUUACAGCAAAGCAACGGAUACGAUUGCGGCAUCCACGUCCUCUGCACCGUUGAUGUGGUUACGAAACAGAUUCGAAAGAGUGGCCAAGUGGCCGGUGUUCGCAGCGCACGGUACGACGUGAUACGUUCCAAGCGCGAUUUGCUGCUCGAGACCAUCGUCCAGCUGGGCGGAAGAAUUAAGUAGCGCAAACCGGUGACAACAAGCAGACAAAACCAAAAAUUCAUUGUGAUUAUCAUACCAGGUGUAUGCAUAUGAAACCGCCCUCCGUGUUUUUACAGCGAUAUAUAUGCCAAAUGGAACCGUAGAACCAUCCUCAAUGUUUCUCUUUGUUCGUUCGGCAUUCGGUGCGCAAUAGUUCUAAUUUCACACUACAACCAAUAUUUUCAUUGUGCACAAAAUGGCAAGUUCCGUCCCUAAAAACUGGAAAAUCCGGACAUCGUUCAUUUUCUGCUUCCAUUUUCGAAAAUAGGCGACAGAAUCGCAUCACAUGGUUAUUGAAACUUACGGUGAGCAUGCUCUUCAUGAAACACAGUGCAAAGAGUGGUUAAAAAAUUUAAAAAAGGCGAUUUUGAUGUGACAAACGAGAACCGCGGGAAACCACCGAAUACGUUGGAAGACACCGAAUUGCAUUUCGUAUUGGGCGAAACGGUUAUUAGUGAGCUAUACAAACAACACUUAAUCGAUUUGGAUCGUGAAAUCCGCAUAAAUCGACCGGAAUAUCGAAAUUGAUAAAACAGACCGAUUUUGCUCGAUGAAAAUGCUCCGCCACACCGCGGAAAACCGGCCAAGAAGACUAUACAAGACCUGAAUUGGGAUCAUUUGUCGCUUGCGGCUAACUCACCAGACUUGGCUUUAUCGAAUCAACACUCAUUUGCAUCGCUGGGACAGAUACUGGCCCAGCAGCGCUCCAGGCCGCAUCAAACCAGGCCGAAUGAUUGGUUUGAUACAAAACACCGACUUGUUUUUUUGCGAAGCAUCUGUAAAUUGCCUAAAAGAAAGGAAAAAUGUAUAGCUAACUAUUGCCAUU